AUGGUGUCUGACGCUAGCAAGAAAAAGGCUGCACAGAAGAAGGCCGCCGCCGCCGCUAAAAGAGGUGGGAAGGCUGCUGCCGCUGCGGUCUCCGCUGCAGCGUCUUCCAAAGCUGCCGACAAGGUCGCCAACGGAAUCGCCGAUAUUCAGAUAUCGGAUCGGACCUGCACCGGCGUCCUCUGUUCGCAUCCUCUUUCCAGAGAUAUUCGAAUAGAGUCUCUAUCUGUUACAUUCCAUGGACAUGAUCUCAUUGUUGAUUCUGAACUGGAGCUUAAUUAUGGAAGGCGUUAUGGUUUACUUGGAUUAAAUGGUUGUGGAAAAUCUACACUGCUUACAGCCAUUGGAUGUAGGGAACUUCCAAUUCCUGAUCACAUGGAUAUCUAUCACCUUACCAGGGAGAUUGAAGCCUCUGACAUGUCUGCAUUGGAAGCUGUCAUAAGCUGUGACGAAGAAAGGUUGAAAUUGGAGCAAGAGGCUGAACUUUUGGCCGCUCAGGAUGAUGGAGGUGGUGAAUCCCUUGAACGUGUUUAUGAACGAUUGGAUGCCCUAGAUGCAGCAACCGCAGAAAAGCGUGCUGCUGAAAUCUUGCAUGGUCUUGGCUUUGACAAGCAAAUGCAGGCAAAAAAGACACGUGAUUUUUCUGGUGGUUGGAGAAUGAGAAUUGCAUUAGCUCGAGCUCUAUUUAUGAACCCAACCAUUCUUCUUCUUGACGAACCAACCAAUCACCUUGAUUUAGAAGCUUGUGUGUGGCUGGAGGAGAGUUUGAAGAAGUUUGAACGUAUUCUGGUUGUGAUUUCACACUCUCAGGACUUUCUUAAUGGUGUCUGCACGAAUAUUAUCCACAUGCAAAACAAAAAACUGAAGCUCUACACUGGCAACUAUGAUCAAUAUGUUCAGACACGUUCUGAGCUAGAAGAGAACCAGAUGAAACAGUAUAAGUGGGAGCAGGAGCAAAUUGCGUCAAUGAAGGAAUAUAUUGCUCGAUUUGGGCAUGGUUCUGCAAAACUUGCUCGCCAGGCACAGAGUAAGGAGAAAACAUUAGCAAAAAUGGAACGUGGUGGACUUGCAGAAAAGGUGGUCAGGGACAAAGUUUUGGUAUUCCGUUUUACUGAUGUUGGAAAACUUCCCCCUCCUGUUCUCCAGUUUGUUGAGGUUUCUUUUGGUUACACUCCUGAUAGCCUCAUAUACAAAAACAUUGACUUUGGGGUUGAUUUAGAUUCUAGGGUGGCUCUAGUUGGACCCAAUGGUGCUGGGAAGAGUACGCUACUGAAGCUAAUGACUGGUGAUUUGAUGCCUUCUGAUGGCAUGGUUCGGCGUCACAAUCAUCUUCGGAUUGCACAAUAUCACCAGCAUUUGGCUGAAAAGCUAGACUUAGAGAUGUCUGCUCUACAGUUUAUGAUUAAAGAAUACCCUGGAAAUGAGGAAGAGAAGAUGAGGGCAGCUAUUGGAAAGUUUGGUCUAUCAGGUAAAGCCCAGGUGAUGCCAAUGAAGAACUUGUCUGAUGGGCAGAGAAGCCGAGUGAUAUUUGCUUGGUUAGCUUGGAGGCAGCCUCAAAUGCUUCUUUUGGAUGAACCGACUAAUCAUUUGGAUAUUGAGACAAUUGAUUCUUUGGCUGAGGCACUGAAUGAAUGGGACGGUGGCUUGGUCCUUGUCAGCCAUGAUUUCAGGCUCAUAAAUCAGGUGGCCCAUGAGAUAUGGGUAUGUGCUAAUCAAACCGUGACUAGAUGGGAGGGUGACAUUAUGGAAUUCAAGGCGCAUCUAAAGUCUAAGGCUGGUUUAUCCGACUGA